AUGGGCUUAUGCACUUCAUGCCAGUCAACCUCUAUACUCACCGGAAAGUUGAUUUUACCAGACGGCAGGUUACAAGAAUUCUCCUCUCCCAUUACGGUUUCCGACGUUCUUCGCAAGAAUCCGUCCACCUUUAUCUGCAAUUCCGACGAGAUGGACUUUGACAAUGUCGUUUACCCCAUCAAAGACCACGAAGAGCUUCAACCUGGUCAGCUUUACUUUGCGCUUCCCUUGAACCGGCUGAAACGACGUCUUCAACCCGAGGAGAUGGCCGCAUUAGCGGUGAAGGCCAGCGCCGCAUUGGCAAAAUGUGGUGGGAAGAGAAGGAACUUUAAGGCUUUGUUGAAUUGA